AUGGAGUAUCGACCAGACAACUAUCCAACCCUCAGUCACUCCCCUUAUCAGAUGAAACCUGAGUACGAUGUUGUCGUUGUGGGAUCAGGGUACGGUGCUGGUGUUGCAGCAAGCCGAAUGGCUAGGGCUGGAAAGAGCGUCGCAGUCCUGGAGCUGGGCGCAGAAUGGAGAGGGCUUGGCGGAGGCUCACUGCUUAACGCUGGUGUGUUCCUUGAAGCAACGCCUGAGACAAUGCGGUUGAGUGCAUGGCCGGCGGAGAUCAGGGACAAUUCGGAUGCCCUCGCGGAGUACUACGCCCGCGCCGCGGCGAUGCUACAACCCUCCACAUUCCCUACAAACCUGCCAACACCCAGGAAGAUGGCGCACCUCGAGGAGACAGCCAAGAAACUAGAUUGGAGAUUCUCGCGUGUCCCUCUAACUACGUUCUUCGAACCUGGCCGCAACAGCACUGGCGUGUCCAUGUGUGCAAAUCAGGGGUCAGGCCACGAAUCGACGGGGUUAAAUGACGGGUCGAAGAACUCUAUCCCAGUCACUUAUUUGGUUGAUGCCUGGGCCUGGGGUGCUGAGAUCUUCUGCGGUUGUGAAGUCCGGUAUGUCGAGAGAGAUGGAGACUCGUAUCUUGUACAUUUUGCCUGGCAUCAGAAAGGCAGGCGGAGCUUCGCAGAGGACGGUAUGGCGCAGCUGUUCUGGGUCAGAGCGAAGGAGUUCUGUUUCCUCGGUGCAGGAGCGCUUGGGACAACAGAGAUUCUCCUCCGCUCAAAGAAGCACGGCCUAUCGUGUUCACCGCUAGUGGGAAGGAACAUGUCUGGAAACGGUAACCUCUUAGUCUUUGGGUACAACGGUAGCAAAGAGAUCAACGGGGUUGCAGGUAGUACCAAGCCUGGCCCAACCAUCACUAGCAUGAUCGAUUGCUACCAAAAGACCCCGAACGGCGUCUGCGGCUCUGAGAACAAUAACAAAGUCGGUGCAUUUGUCAUCGAGGACGGGUGCGUUCCUGAGCCUUUCGCGCCUGUGAUCGAAUGGAUGUUCAUCAUGCAGACAAUAAAUAUAAAGCACUUCUUCUCUUCGUUUUUCGGCUGCCCACUUAGGCAAACCAAAAGAACACUCGCAGCAAUUAUGUCCAUCGUCCGGGGCCCAUAUAUCCCCGGUGGCGCGAUUCAGCGCACAGCAACAUACCUGGCCAUGUCCCACGACAACAACGAGGUUACACUAACGCUGGAAAAUGACAAUCCGCAACUCCAAGGUGUUGGAGAAGGGCGUGGUGCAAACAUUCAUUCUAUUAAAGAUGCCUUGCGCCGCGUGCUUGGGGUCGAUGGGGCGAGUAUGGGAUAUUCUUAUUUCUAUGGCUUCCAUCAAGAAGAAGUCUCCGUUCACCCCCUCGGCGGCGCGAAUAUGAGUCGUGAUGGAACGGGUCGUGAGGGUGUGACGAAUCACCUAGGGCAGGUGUUUACAGGGCAAGGGACAGAUGUUCACACAGGAUUAAUUUGGUUGAGCAUUAAUCCUCUUGCGACAAUUACGGCGCUUGCAGAGAGGUCUGUGGCGCUGGUAGCAGGGCAGAGGCACAUAAAGAUCGAUUUAGACACGGAAAAUGGCGACAUUGAUACCUAUAGUCAGCCUAGGGGUCCGCAUUAUAAUAACAGCCACGCUGAACCGAACAGGGACUAUGUCUCAACCGGAUGGCACUUUACCGAAUCCCUCGAAGGGCACGUUGCCGUCCCAUCAUCGUGUGUGUCUUAUGCGGCUGCCGAGCUUGAAGGGAAGGGCUGCUCAUCGACAAUGGGCAUUCUUCUCACAGUGGAAAUCUAUCGCAGAGUUGAAGGGGGUACUGGACCAAGAUACAAGGGCCUCUGCACCGGAACAGUUUCAUGCCGUUCCUUAUCACGCAGGACAAUGUGCGUUAUGCGUGGAGAUCUUGAUUUCUUCGUUGCAGGCAAUGAGAGUGCCUCAACAACCUUGACAUAUACACUCCCACUUUGCACCGUCGAGGGCAGGAGAUUGACCUUGAUCGGCGUCAAGGCUAUAGGCCAAUCUGCUGCAUUUUCCAUACCUAGAUUAUGGGAAGCCACAACAACCGUCAAGCUUCAUAUACUGGACUUCAACAACAAUAGUCUUGGGGCCGGUGUCGUGCGUAUUCCGUUACUAUCAUUCUGGCGGCAAAUGCGAACAUUUCAUACGAUAGGGCCAAGACUUAGUUCACUCCCGGUACUGCUUAUAUUCUUGCUGUAUUUCAUCAUCCAGCUCAGCUUGGUCUUCUUCUAUCCACUCAUACCUUUUUGCGGCAUUCUCUCUCCAACCAGAGCCCACAGUCAAGCGAUCUCAGCUAAACAACAACCAUCAGAAAUACUCGAAAUCCUUACCUCUGACAGUGCCAAGAUCAGGCUUGACGUGUAUGACCCUAUUCAGCCCCUGGGUACGGAGUCAAGAGCUGGCAAGCAGUCACAGCCACCAAUCCUCUUUCUCCCAGGCAUUACAGGCCUAAACACCUCGCACUCUAUCUUCGCCCUGCCAUUUCAACGCUGCAACAUGGUCAAAUACUUUUCAUCCCGCGGACAUCGUUGCUACGUUCUUACCCCGCGGUGGAGCCAUGAUGGGCAAACCGCAAAAGAUGGCACCGUUUUCGAUAGCCGCCUCGACAUUGCCGCCGCAAUACACCAUAUUUCCAGCACCAGUCCCACGUGCGACAGUUCGAGCCCGAAACCAUAUAUUAUAGCACACUGUCAGGGCUCGGUGGCGCUCGCCAUGGCCCUUCUAACAGGCAUCGUCAAGCCGGAGCAACUCCUCGGCAUAACCGCGAAUUCCGUGUUCAUGAACCAAGUCUUCGGGUAUUGGAACUCCAUCAAAGCUUCAUCCACCUUGCUGAUCCGGGCCUAUGAGUUUUUGGACGGGCCAUAUUUCCCGAUUUCCUUCUUAGAGAGAAGGAAAGAUUUACUUCAAUACAUUCUCGACUUUCUCCUUUCACUAUACCCCGUGGCCCGACGCGACAGGUGCACUUCGCCAUCCUGCCAUAGGACAAGCUUCGCAUUCGGACUUCUCUGGAACCACGAGAAUCUCGAUCAAGAAAUCCAUGGUAAUAUUGAGACAUUCUUCGCAGGGACAUUUACCAGAAGUCUCGAGCAUAUUACGCGCAUGGGCUGUGCGGGUUCUUGUUUAAACAAUAAUCUCGAGCCGCUCUUAACACAAAAGAAUUUGCAGAAUGUACGCGGAGUCCCGAUUCUCUUCAUGUCUGGUUCUGAGAAUCAGGUGUUUAACCCCGAAUCUACGCUAAGGGACUAUGAGCUUCUGAGAAGGACCUUUGGGGAGCACAUGUAUCGCCGGUUCCUGGUGGAGAGAUAUGGGCAUCUGGAUACCAUUGUUGGAAGUCAGGCCGACAAAGAUGUGUAUUGGAAAGUAGAAGGGCAUAUAAACUGGUGCUUGCGGAAUAAAACAACGGGAGCUGAGUAG